AUGACUGUGGUCUGUAACGAGUGCGGCGCUCAGUCGCCCAAGUACCGCUACAAGUGCUGCCUUCUUCAGUUUUGCUCUUUCGACUGCUACAAGGCGCACUCCUGUUCCUCAGCUGACCGGCCUACUCCCUCCUGCAGCUUUUCCCAGGGGGCUGCGAAGCCUGACGCUGUCGCUGAGGCUCCCUCCACCACUAAGCUGACUGACGCACAGCUGGACAUCCUCAAAUCAGACUCGAUGUUGAAGGAGUACCUUAGGGACGAGAAGCUCAAGCUCGUUCUCGUCGACAUCGCCAGUUCCGAGGAUCCCAUGGAGCGUGCUCAGAGGUACAUAAGGGAGGAGCGAUUUAAAGAGUUUGUGUCCUACUUGCUUACCCUCAUUGAGAGGUUCUAA